UGAUAAAAUCAUUUUCAACAAUACAAUAUUUAAAAGGGGGACGAAUUCAUUAAUCUUUAGUCGUUAAUCCUUUAUCAAAUUGGUAAAUCUCAACUAGCAAUCCGACCCGAUUGAAGUACCCAACUCCGGGAACAGUUGGCCGGCGACCAUCUUCCGAUCUCCUCGCUCUCCCUUCCGGACGUACUUCCUGUCAAUGCAUUCAUGACGAAGUGGUGCUCUAAUCAACAGUAAGAUGCAGUUUGGUCCUUCUGGAAUCAUAGGUUGCUUGCAGAGAAAGUGAUAAUGGAAGAUCCUCAUUCAGUUAAUAGUCCUCGGAGGAUCCUUAGUCUUACACAGAAUAGGAAAGCAACCGUUCUCUUCCCAGACUCAAAUAACAAAGUUUCAACAUUUGGUGUUCCUGCAGAUUAUGGACCCAAGCCUUCAGAAGUUUAUGGGUUUGUUGGGUCCAUUUCAACCGUUGUUGCCACAGUUAUCUUUUUAGUGUGGGCAUAUGUUCCAGAGAAUUGGUUGCAUUCAGUAGGGAUCUUUUACUAUCCAAGCAGAUACUGGGCAUUGGCUGUGCCCGCCUAUCUGAUGGUGACUGUAGUUCUAGCAAUAACAUUUUACAUUGGCCUCAACUUCAUGGCCACCCCUCCCCCGGCUUCAUUCAACACAAAUUUUGAUGAAUUCAGCAGAGAACCUUUGCCCAGCAGCGCUCUAACGGAUGACGAUGAUGAUGAGCGCCCCAUUGACCCCAUAUCUGACAUCGGCAUUGACCAAAUUAACAACAUCAUGUUUAACAAUCCACAAUGACAUUUCGCUAAUCAGCACAGGAACAGUUAUUUUACUGUUGUCGCUUCGGCUUUCGGGUAUGAGCUUCUCUAUAAAUUUCAUUUCUUGCUUGGAGGUGCUCAUACUGUUCUCCAAUUAUCUGCAGUAGUUAGAAUUGAACUUUACCGUUACAUGUAUUAGUAAUAUAGUAUCAAACUUGUUUAGAAUGCCUUGUGUGUAUUUACUAAUUACUACAUUAGACAAAAUGAGUAAUACUAUAUGUACUCGCAUUUUUUUCCACCA